AUGAAAUCUACCCUUGCAAUCACCACUACCCUCCUGGCUACCCUCGCCAGUCAAGCGGCAGCCAGCUUCCGAAUCGGCUACCAAGGAGGGAAGGGCGACUUUCAGACUAUUGUCUUCCUUAACUUAUAUGGAGACCCCGACCUUGAACUGUGGGAGUACGAGACCCCAGAGGAUUCAGAUGGAAAAGUCUUGAUCCGUAACGAGCAGCGAGGGACAUACAUCCUCUGCGGUGCGUCUUGGGGCGAGUGUUACGCUGCAGAACAGGGGACCUUAUUCCAUCAACCAACUCAACUCGCGGAGAUCGGUGGUAGAACCUACUACCAAAUUCUUGCAGACGGCAGCGAUGUUGACUCCCCAGAUGAUCAAACAUUCGCUCUCCAGGGCGGUAAUACCUUGACACUCGCUUCCGCAGACCCCAAUAAUAGCCAGCAGUUUCUUUCGAUUGAGGAGGUGGAUGAGUAG